AUGAAAAGCCACUGGAAAAUUACAGCUUUCUUUUACCUGUGUAGUUUUCUGUGGUCUUUCAUCUCAGCCACCAUCCAGCACCAAUCAAGACUACCAGCUAUUCUGGGUGCCAGUCACAGAAUUGAUAUCUGCCCAACAAUCAGGAUUGGCCAAGAUGACCUACCAGGUUUUGACCUGAUUUCUCAGUUUCAAAUAGAAAAAGCUGCUUCCCAAGGAAUUAUUGAGAGAGUAGUGGGAUCCACUUCUCUACAAGUAGCUUAUAAAUUGGGACCCAAUGUAGACUUCAGGAUACCAACCAGUGCCAUAUAUUCCAACGGCUUGCCUGAUGAAUAUUCCUUUCUAACCACUUUUCGGAUGACUGGGGCCACACUUCAGAAAUACUGGACUAUUUGGCAGAUUCAGGAUUCUUCGGGAAAAGAACAAGUUGGAGUGCAUCUCAAUGGUCAAAUGAAAAGUGUUGAGUUUUCUUAUAAAGGAGCAGAUGGAAGACACCAAACAGCAUCAUUUUUACAUUUGCCUUUCUUGUUUGACUCCCAAUGGCACAAGCUUAUGAUAAUUGUGGAAGCAAACAGUGUCACACUUUUUAUAGACUGUAUUAAAAUAGAAUCCUUAAACAUAAAACCAAAAGGGAAAAUCAACACUGAUGGCUUUGCUGUGCUUGGAAAACUUAAAAAUAAUCCUCAAAUUUCAGUUCCGUUCGAGAUCCAGUGGAUGGUGAUCCACUGCGACCCCCUGCGACCCCAGCGCGAAGGCUGCGGCGAGCUGCCGGCUCGGGUAACCCAGACGGGAAUCGAGAGAGGCCCCCCUGGUCCACCAGGCCCCCCAGGUCCACCAGGGCCACCAGGAGUUCCCGGUAUUGAUGGCAUUGAUGGGGAGAGAGGCCCGAAGGGCCCUCCUGGUUCACCGGGUCCAGAUGGGGAUGCAGGCAAACCAGGAUCCCCUGGGUUGCCUGGAGAGCCGGGAGCUGAUGGAUUCACAGGACCUGAUGGCUCUCGUGGAGCCCCAGGACCAAAAGGACAGAAGGGGGAGCCAGGACUGCCAGGUGCUCGUGGACUUCCAGGCAAGGGCCUUCUUGGGCCACCUGGUCCAGCUGGUGCAGCAGGACUUCCUGGGGAAGUAGGUCGUGCUGGUCCACCUGGAGAUCCAGGAAAAAGAGGGCCACCAGGGCUACCAGGACCUCCGGGUCCUCCAGGAACGAUUGGCCUGCAAGAUGGCGACCUGUUGUGUCCCAGUGCUUGUCCUCCUGGCCGCCCAGGACAUGCUGGCUUAAUGGGUAUGAAGGGGCAAAAAGGUUCAAAAGGAGAGUCUGGUGAACCAGGAAAACAAGGUUAUAAGGGUGAAGAAGGGGACCAAGGACCUAGUGGUGAAGUGGGAGCUCAAGGCCCUCCAGGCAUUCUAGGUAUCAGAGGUAUAACUGGUAUAAUGGGACCUAAAGGUACCAAAGGAGCUCGUGGUCUUGAUGGUGAUCCUGGUCCCCAAGGUCUUCCUGGUGCACCUGGGGAUCAAGGACAGAGAGGUCCACUAGGAGAGGCAGGUCCAAAGGGAGAAAGGGGUCCUCAAGGUACAAGAGGAAUAAAUGGCCUCCCUGGACCUAAAGGAGAGCCUGGUUUACCAGGAGUUGAUGGCCGUGAAGGGAUCCCUGGCAUGCCUGGAGCUAAAGGUGAACCAGGAAAACCUGGAGCUCCAGGUGAUACAGGGCUCCAGGGAUUGCCAGGUUUCCCAGGCUCUCCAGGUAUGAAAGGCAUUCCUGGCCCAAAGGGUAAUAAAGGUCCUCCUGGGGUGCCAGGGUUAAUGGGAAAUCCUGGUAAACAGGGUCAGCAGGGCCCAGAGGGAGAAGCAGGUCCAACAGGACCCCGGGGACCACCAGGUAGCAGAGGGGAGACAGGUCCUGCAGGUCCUCCAGGUUUACCAGGGAAGUUGGGUCCCCAGGGUAGUAUUGGACUUCCUGGACUGCCUGGUCCUCCAGGCCUUCCUGGUGGUAAAGGUGACCGGGGUUCGGUGGGUGAACCAGGGCCUAAGGGUGAACAAGGUGCACCUGGAGCAGAAGGAGAUGGAGGAGAAAAGGGUGACUUAGGUGACAUGGGAUUACCAGGAGCAAAGGGAGCUGUUGGUAAUCCCGGAGACUCCGGUUCCCGUGGGCCUGAGGGAAGUCGGGGACUGCCUGGCAUGGAAGGGCCACGUGGCUCACCUGGACCACGAGGCUUGCAGGGUGAGCAGGGUGCCCCCGGCCUGCCUGGCAGCGAAGGUCCAGCUGGAAAAGAACCAAGCGAUCAGCACAUUAAGCAGGUUUGCAUGAGAGUCAUGCAAGAACAAUUAGCUCAGCUGGCAGCCAGCCUUAGGAGGCCAGAAUUUGGUGCUCCAGGUCUUCCUGGCCGACCAGGGCCACCAGGUGCUCCAGGACCUGCUGGUGAAAACGGUUUCCCAGGACAGCUUGGCCCCCGUGGUCUGCCUGGCCUUAAAGGUCCCCCUGGUGAGAUUGGUCGUAAAGGUCCGAAAGGUGAGCCAGGAGAAAGAGGAGAAAGAGGAUUUCCAGGCAGAGGACUGAAAGGUUAUCCUGGACCAAGAGGUCUUCCAGGUGAACCAGGCAAAGCCAGCUACGGCAGGGAGGGCCGUGACGGUGACCGAGGUGUCCCUGGGGUGGCCGGGCAGCCGGGGGUUCCCGGCCCCCCCGGCCCGCCCGGCCCUCCCGGGUACUGCGAGCCCGCGUCCUGCAGGAUGCAGGCGGGACAGAGAGCCGGGAAGAACGUGAAAGGGCCCUGAGAGUGCCGCCGUGUGCCGGCAUCGAUUCACAUCCUGCACGGACAGCUGAGGACAGAAUCACGAGCGAAGGAGAAAUGCAGACACGG